UAUCAGUUUUAACGAACAAUACAAAACAAUACUAUAUAGAGCUAUAAUCAAUCAGAACAUUAUGUAAGUUAAGAAUAAACUGCCAUCUAUCAAAAGUGAGGAUAUGAUAGUUAAGAGCUAUUAUUUCGUUGAUAGUAUGAUAUAGUUAUCACAAGUUAUACUCAACUGCUUUUUAAUGGAUUGCACUCAAUCUUAGUAUAUAUAUCAUAUGAUUACAUAACGUUCCACAGUCAAGGUUAUUUCGUUAAUGCUCGGCAUGCAGUCGAGCAAUGUAGUGCUAGAUAUUAGGAUUUAACAUUUAAGUUUGUUCUAGUAAAAUUAUUCUGAUAAGAGUCAUAUGUCUCUACGCAAAAAUCAAUUUCAUUCCAUCUAAAUAUCGAAAUAUAGGUGUUUCCAUAAUGUCACCAAAACAAUUGACAUCAUUAUCCAAAGAUACAUUGGAAAGCUUCCUAAAUUCUAUUGACAUUGUUUUAUCGGAUUGUGAUGGUGUUUUAUGGAAAGAAAAUGAUGUGAUAACAGGAUCACCUGAAACUGUGAAUAAACUUAUAGAAUUAAAGAAAAAAUUUUUUUAUAUAACAAAUAAUAACACGAGAACGAGACCUGAAUUUGUAGAAAAAUGCAAAGGAUUUGGUUAUAAAGCAACUAUAGAUGAUAUAGUAUGUACAUCAUUUUUAGCAGCAGUUUAUCUUAAAGAAAAACAGUUUAAGAAAACAGCUUAUAUAAUUGGAAGUACCGCAAUUGGUAAGGAAUUAGAAGAAGUAGGCAUCAAGCAUUGUGGUAUCGGACCUGAUGCUAUGGAAGGAGAUGAAUUGGAUUUAGUAAAAGAGUUUAAACCAGAUCCAGAUAUAGGUGCUGUAAUUAUAGGUUUCGAUAAAUAUUUUAGUUAUCCAAAAUUGUUAAAAGCCACUACUUAUUUAGCAAAUCCUAAUGUUCAUUUUAUUGGAACGAAUUGUGAUACAGACAGACCUUCUCCAAAUACAAAUAAAUACCCAGGUAGUGGUUGCUUUAUAAAAGCUGUUGAAGUAGCUAGCAAUAGAUCUGCCAUAAUGCUUGGGAAACCAGAAACAUUCCUAAGCGAAUAUAUUAAAAAGAAAUAUAACUUAAAUCCUGAAAGAACAUUGAUGAUCGGGGAUAACCUUAAGACCGAUAUUCUUUUGGGAAAACGUUGUGGUUUCAAGACAUUACUUGUAUUAUCAGGUGUGACUACAAAGUCCGAGAUAGAAUCUAUUAUAGCAUCUGAGAAAAUACAAGAUGACCUCGCGAUACCUGAUUUUUAUACCAAUCAGUUAUUAGAUGUGUUCCAUGUUUUGUCAAAUAAUUGAGAAUAACUGUUAGAUUAAAAACAAUUAACAUUUUUAAUAUGAUUUGUCGAUAGAUUCCAUUGGAAAGAAGUUUAUAUAUUACAAACAUGAACAGAGAUCUUUAUUUUGUUGUGAAAUCUCUAAGAAUAAUUCCAUCAUAUUCCGAUUUUUUCUUGUAAUUGAUUUUUCUUUUCGUUAUAUUAGCGGUUAUAUAAUAGCAGUAAAAGAACUUGAUGUCAAUAUUAGUUAAUGAGCUAAAAAAUUUAUCUGUUAACGCACAGACAUAAACAAUAUUUUUAUUGCAAAAUAAGAUCUUAUUUUUGUUCUAAUAUAUAAAAUAUUAAUGAUGUGUAUGUACUAGUAGUCGAGGCAUGUUGAUAAAUUAGGAUGUUUAAAAAAAGUUAUAUAGAAUUUAAAAAUCAAACAUUUAAAUAAAAUAAAUUAAUAUCUUUGUGUAUUAAGUGUCUUAAAACUUCAAUCUAUGUACGAUAACAAUUAAUUUGUUAUACUUUAUUAUCGUUUAUGCAAUAUUUUAUGUAAUGUUCAAUAAUAAAGCACCAUUGUACAUA